AUGAAUAAAACAUUAUUGGAUUACUUCUCGAAAAAGCGGAAAAAGUCAAACAACAAUGAAGGAGAGUCAAGAGAAAGUCAAGAGAGCAUAUCAGAAAUGUCGGUAUCUGGUGAAUCCAUUGAUGAUGACAGCACUAAUACGACUAUCGACACCGAUCAUGAGCAUCGAGAUUCAAGGAGUGAAGCGCUGCGAGAUACUGGCACGACCGUCACCGUAAUAAGCCAUCCAUCAGGUUUGAAUUUGCAACAUGAAGAUCGUGGGCAAGUCCAGGAGAACAUACAUGGACCUCAACUGCCUCAAAACGACCAUUCUGGAAAACCAAAUUUUUUUGAUAACAAGGAAGGCCCAUGCCAACCGUACUUGAAGGCAUACCCAGGUACAAGUUUCAGAGGUAAAAUACGACGCUUCAAUUCUAACUGGUAUGGCGAAUAUAAGUGGUUGGAAUACAACACGGAUUUGGACGCUUGUUUCUGCUUCCAGUGUAGAGUAUAUUCGCCUAAUCCAACGGAGACCGUAUUUACUAAAAGUGGCUAUCGCGACUGGAAACACGCUAAGGACAAGGCAAAGGGAUUCCAGCAACACCAAUCCUCGAUUGAUCAUUCGAAAGCAACAUAGGCUUACGAAGAAGCGAAAAUGCGAAAUGCAUGUGGCUGCCCCGUAACAGCAUCUUUUGUAUCAUUAAAUAAUGAUCAGAAGCAAUGGUUAUUUGCUGUUUUUAACGUUUCAAGAUUUUUAUGUGCGAAUGGUCUCGCGUUCCGUGGUUCUGAUGAAUCCGAUAUUGACACAGGAGAUGGCUUGUUUUUAAGAGCUUUUUCUCAACUUCUGUUUCCGCUGGAAGAAAAAUGGGGGAAAAUUCACAAGAAUCUUCCAAAAAACGCUAAGUACACUUCCCAUGACAUACAGAAUGAAGUCAUCGAAGUCUUAGCUUCCUUAGUGAAGACCAAAAUCGCCGAAGACGUGCGAAAGGCAGAACUGUUCACAAUCAUGGCAGAUGGCACAACUGACAAGAACAGGAAAGAGAUUCAAGGUAUUGUUUGUCGGUAUUUAUCGUCGGACGGGAAUGUUAAGGAACGAUGUAUUAACGUCAAGGGAAUCGAUGAUCGCUCAGCUAAAGGUAUUUUCAAAUUCAUCAAAGAAGCUUUGGUACAAUUUAACAUUUCAGUUGACGGCCUUGUGUCACAAUCCUUCGAUGGGGCAAGCGUGAUGUCAGGCGACUACGGCGGCUUGCAGAGGUUAAUUAGUGAUUUUUGCGAUCGGAAUGUGUUAUAUGUACACUGCUUUCUCCACAAAAUCCACCUGGUUGUCAGCUUUCUCAUGCAAAAUCUUGACGAAGUAAAGGAAUAUUUUGAUACUACAGCAGCCCUGUACAAGUUCUUUAAGAAGUCAGCUGUGUUAGAAUCGUAUAACGGCACUGCAUUGAAACGGCUUAUUGAGACGCGAUGGUCUGGUCACUUUGAAAGUACCAGCCAUGUGCACAAAAAUUAUGGCGAUUUGAUCCAAGCGCUUAUGGUGGCAUCAAAAAAUAAGAAGUUAUCUGGUGAAGAUCGAGCACAGGCAACAGGGCUCCUUAGCCUAAUGGAAGAUAAUGAAGACCACGUGUUUGUCUUCAUAACUUGUAUGUUGAUGGAUGUGUUGAAACCUAUUGAUAUUGUUGUUAAACAAUUACAAUCCCCGGACGAAAAUCUUAUUUCAGCAUUGCACGUGGUCAACGCCGUCAAAGACGACAUCAAAUCGAAACGCGAAAAUAAUACUUCGAAUGAGAAAGUUAAAAAGAUGGUUGAUGAUUUCUUAGAAAGUGUGAGGAUCACGUCAACCGACGGCGUGCAAGUGCAACGCAGACCUACAAGAAAUACUGCUGUUCCCUCUCGUUUUGAUGAUUUUUUAAUAACUGACCGUAUCCCGAGCGCAAACAACAGUCGCACCAACUGUCAAAUUUUUGUCGAGUGCUUAGAUUUGCUGGAUGCGGAAUUCCUCCGAAGAUUUUCUGAAGAAAACAUCGCACUAUGGGAAGCCAUGCUGGCCUUAUCGCCGUCGUCAGAUAAUUAUCUUGACUAUGAUGCUCUCAUACCCUUAUUUGAGUACGCGGUGAAUAUUCCAGUGAUAAGAGAUUUCUAUCAAAAAGAAAAAUUAUCACGCGAACAUUUAGAAGCUGAGUGCCGAAUUUUUUCUCGUGUUUUUAAAGACAAAGAAUGGCCCAAGAAUGCAGCUGACAAAGUUGAUUUGAGCGAGGUCGCUAACAUUGUCAUAAAGGAACACCAGAAGGGAGCUCCUGUACUAUCUUCGUUGUACAAAGUAGCUAUCACUGCUGGUUUCACAUCAACGAGGGUUGAAUGUGUUUUUUCAUCCCUUACAAGAGUUGAUUCCCCUCAGCAGAGGUCGAUGAAAACAGAAAGAGAAGCAAAUCUAGCUUAUCUAAGUUUUGAAAGCGAAGUUCUGAUAAAUGACAUUACCUUUGACGAUUUUUACAAAGCUUGGAACUUGAAACCAAGAGCAUUGUCGUUGUAA